AUGGACAAGCUUCCGCAUGAACUGCUGAGCGUCAUUCUGACAACCGCUGCCGCCACCAUCCCGCUUGCGCGAACCAAAGACAGCGCGGAUGAGCCCAGCUCGUCUCCUCGACCGCGAACAACAUGGCUGGCAAACCUCUCCCUCGUCUCGCGCCGGUUCCACACGGUCGUCCAGUCAAUCAUGUUCGACAACAUCGCCGUCACAACAGAAAAGCAGCUGCGCCUCCUCGCCGCCCACCUCGAGCAGAACCCCUCCCUUGCGGCGAAACCGAUCUCGCUCGUCAUUCGCGCGACCGACUCUGCACAAUCGAAGCAUGCAGCGAAGGCAUGGCGGAAGGCGAUCCUGCGCUUUGGUCGAUGCAGGCCGAACGUGCGUCGCCUGGAGGUUUACGGGCGAGAUGAUCGGGAGAAGUUUGGCUACUUCGACCUCAGCUGGCUCGAGUCUAUUCAGUCAUCGCUCGAAGAAUUGAUCGUCUCGCAUAUCUGGUUCGCGCAUCACGAAUCGCUUGACAACUUGCGCCUUACGGCAUUGCGACGAUUCACGGCCGCCGACUACUGGUAUGAUUCGCCUCCCCCACCGCACGACCCUUUCGACAGUCGGCCUCCGCGCGUGUACAGGCAGGUGGGCAUCCCCAAGUUCCGCCGUUUCCUACGAUGCAUGCCAGCCAUUGAGAGUCUCGAACUCCUCGAUAAUGACGAGGAUGCUCCAGCUGUACACGACAUGUCUCUUGAAGAAGGCCCGCCAACGCUUCCGGACAUCACGAGCUUGACUGUCGAAGCCGAGGCUCUCACAACGCUUUUGCGCAAGCAACAUCCGCAUGCCCUCUCACCCUUCCUCUUGGGCGGCUCGACCAUCCAGCAUCUCACCACUCUCUACACGAGCGGACCGCCUCUUCAUUUGGCAACUCGGGAGUACAACCUGUUCGAACGACUGUUCUAUGGCCUCCCGCCUCUUCGCUCCCUGACGUUCGUCAACAUGGCGGCUUCCCACAUGCGCGACUUCGACCAACGCAUGCGCAAACUGCUCGAGCAAGCCCAGGCGGAAGGAUACGCUCUCGACUUGGAGUUCAGGGUAGUCAGUCCGGAGAUGUGGGUGCCGGAGUGGGAUGACUUGGCUCGGGACGGCUGGACGACACCCAAGUGCCAUCCGGGACAAACGCCGCGUGAACGCCUCCUGGUGUACUGCGGCCCGCGUGAGGCGUAG